GGAACUGUUACAUAUCAUUUUGAACAUGCUCAAAUGCCAGGACCUUAUCUGUGAGGUGGGUCGGGUGUGUGCAUUUCCUGUUUCAUAUAUAAGACCUCCACAGAUUGAGCUGAACACAACUCCAACAGCAACAACAGGCAAGAUGACCAGUCUUUCUGCAAAGGACAAGAACACAGUCAAAGCCUUCUGGGCUAAAGUGGCUGGCAAGGAGGAACAAAUCGGCUGUGAUGCUGUCUCCAGGAUGCUGACAGUGUACCCUCAGACCAAGACUUACUUCUCCCACUGGAAGGACCUGAGCCCCCGCUCUGCCCCGGUGAAGAAGCACGGAGCAACCGUGAUGGCUGCAGUUACUGAUGCUGUCAGCAAAAUCGACGAUCUGACCGGAGCUCUUCUGAGCCUCAGUGAGCUGCACGCCUUCACUCUGAGAGUGGACCCUGCUAACUUCAAGGUUCUGUCUCACAACCUCCUCGUGGUCCUGUCCAUUAUGUUCCCCCAGGACUUCACCCCUGAGGUCCAUGUGGCUAUGGACAAGUUCCUGGCUGCUGUGGCUCUCGCCCUGUCUGAGAAAUACAGAUAAACUGCAUUAUGUGCUCGAGUACUCACUGACAGUCUGACUUGUAAUAAAAGAUCCAAUGCAAUUAAACUCUCGUGGUCGAUUGUGAUUUGUGGUGAUCAUUUUUAAACAGUUGGAUUAUUAUUGUAGCUGUUACCAGAAGUGUUUUUUUUUUUCUCUAUAUGGGCCAAUUAAAGAAGAAUAGUGAUUAAUUUAUUGAAAGCUUAUAUACACAACUUAAAAACAGAGCAUGUGACGGUCCUCUGGAGCUAGUAGUACUGCUUUCUCAGGGAGGCUAGAGCUACAAAGACUCUCCCGGAAGCUGCACGGACCUCAGCAGUGAAGUAUUGACCCAAACGAGCAGCAACUACAAUGACCAGGCAGUCCCCCAGAACCAGCUGUUCCUGUUUUUUCGUCAUUAUUCCGGAUUACUUUCUUCUUCUUCUUCUUAUUAUUAUUAUUAUUAUAUUUAUUAGCUUGGGUGGAUGAAUUUUGGAUGGAUGGAUGGAUUUUCGAUGGGGGAAAAAAAUGAAUUAUUUUAAUCACGCGGAAAUACCAUGACAGCUUACAUAGGGUGUGACCUCGGUUGGUAUCUCACUCCGCCCCUGCUGGAGAUUUUGAGUUCAUGCGAAACAGUUGUUACACCCGGUUGGCGUUUUUGCGCUCUAACUAAUUUUGAAAAAUAUAUGAAUGCAUAAAAAUAAUAAAAGAUAAAAUUGACACAGGCCUGUCACUGUAGUUGCCAGAGUGUCCAGUAACGGUCUGAUAUCUUGAAGUUUCGGCACCACAUUUCACAAGCCACAGCUUCUGUUUGAUACCAUUCCCGAAUGUCCAAAUUAAAGCUGAGACUUGAUGUAGUUUAGCCUAAUCAUUGUUUUAUUGAUGAAGUGCCACAAUGACGUUUUAAGGGAGAACAUAAUCAGUAUAUCAUGAAACCUUUAUUUGUGUUUAUAUGUAUAGAAUCAUUUAGUAGCACCCAGGGGCGGUCCUAGCCUGUUUGGUGUCCUGGGCGAACACUCCCUCUGCCGCCCCCUGCUGGCAGAGGGAGUGUAUGCAGAUGGCUAACAAACAGCCUUUAUAAUUCAUCAUACAGUGAGAAUAGCAGACAAAUCAACAAUACACCGCUUCCAAUUAAUGGCUAAUUAAUAUUAUGCUGAACACAGUCCAAAAGAUUCAGUAAGCCACAUCAGUGUCUACUGUCUGUCUACUGUUUACUAUCAUAGCAAAGUGGCUAACAAAGGUAAACAGAAGUUUUCCCAAUCCCCACUAAUGAAUGUUAUCUUGUUUCAGGAUACACAAUACCUGCCAUUAUCCAAAGACACAUCUGCUUACCUGUAUCUUUUGCUCGUUUCUCCUUUUCUCUUUUUUUCUAAACUGAGGACCUGAUGGCUUUGACCUUUUCUUUUCCACCUUCCAUCAGUAAUUUUUGCACUGUACUAUAAACACCCAACCCCACAUUAUAAACUAAUAGACCUACACCUUGUAUAUGUUUUUUUUUUCUUGGAUUUCACACAAACCAGGAAAAAAAAACAAAACAUAAUGGGCUUGGAUUGACAAUAUUAUGGAAGUAGCCUGCCCCCUCCCCUUUAGACAGGUUGUGUGCGAGACUUCAGCACAGUAGCAUCAGCAGCAGGUGUACCGAGGGCCCUCACACUCACUUUUCGGGUAUAUGUGUGUGAUAGAUUUUGGAAAACACAUCGGUGCAAAUUAUAAGUCUGUAUCAUAAUGUCUUCAGUUUUUGUGUUUGUUGUAGGGCUGUCAAAGUUAACGCGUUAACGCCGCCAUCAUGAUUAACGCGAUCAACCCAUCUGGAGCGCAGAAUGGACAAACUUUGGAUAAACUGCCCGAAAUGCGUUGACAGAAACAUUUCAGGGAUUUGGAGUCAUUCUGAUGGAUUAAUUGUGUUAAAAAUUUUAAUCACGUUAAUCCUGAAGACGGCAUUAACGUUGACAGCCGUAGUUUGUUGGUUUGUUUUCGGUGCCCAUGCAAUCCCCAAAAUGCGCUGGCAUGAUGUUGGGGCAGCAUGCUAUGAUGCCACCCCCACCACAAUGCUGCCCUGGGCAACCUCCCAUGUCACCCAUAUCAAAACCCGCCACUGGUAGCACCCCACCCGCACUGUGCAUUGUCCAAAGACAAAUCCCAGUGAUUUAUGGGAGACAAUAUGUCUGUGAAGGUUCUCAGUCAUCCAGGUCAUCCAGGUUUCUUUGCAAACUCCUUUGACAUGGGAGACAAUACAUAUAAUCAUAAAACAUCUAUGAUGGACUCUAUGAGCUAACAGAUUUGAUGGGUGCAGGAAUUCGCACGACUACUUGAUCUUUGGGAAUCAAAGUGUGUGCUACUUCGCAGACUGAUGAAAUAAUUAAGGCUACAGAACUACAGACUAAUUUAUAAUACACACUAAUUCACAUAUAUUCACUUCAAUGUUGAGUGAGCAAAUCUUUAGUGCUCAUGUGUAUUUGAUGACUUCUACCUGUUUCCCCUCAGAAAAUUUGAAACAAUGCUGACUUUCAGCCAUCCUCAUUAUGGUUAUGAUUGAAUUUUCAUCUGUGUUUCUAUCUGUGUUGAAAUCUGAGAUUCCUCUUCAUUCAAGAUGUGCUCUGGCAUCAAUCAUAGGCGACAGUUACUGACAACAAGAAAUAAAACAGUUUAGAGGGGCUGCUAUGGGCUGAACCGUUUUUCAAAGAAAGGGUUGGGGUGACACUGUGAAAUAUAUUCAGUUUUGAAAUUCAUCUUCUGUGUUAAUUCUGUGUAGCUAGAAUCAAAGUGUUAAUGCUAGCUUUUUUUUAUAACAAUAUUGUCAUGUGUAAAACUAUAACAGUGACUAGGGGCCACGAGAUUAUUUUAGGGUGCACCGCAGUAUCUGCCUUGCCAUGACAGCUCCUUUAUCUAAGGAAAGCUGUCAUUCAGAAGGAAAAGACGAGAAGGAGGUUCGUGGAUGAAGCAUGAUCUGCUGUAGUGACCUCUAAAGAGGGCAGCCGAAAGAAGAAAAAGGCCAGCUACACAGCCCAGAGCAAUCAGAAAUACGCACACCCACCCGCGUUUAUAACAGCUACUCAUUGAUAGUGUGACUCUGAUGUCGUACAUAAUUAUUACUUUAGCUUGGCCUAUUAUGAAAGUUAGAAGUAUGUGUUUUACUUGCUGUUUUUAAUCAUCCCUAAAUCACUCAUGGGCACAGGAAGUCAGAAUUUCUAAUUUAAUGUGUUGGAUGAGAGACGACACACCAGGGCACCCUUCACAAGUUAAAGAGUAAAGGGGCGUGUCCGAGGUGUGUGCUGUCGGAGCAA